AUGGACACGCUGCCCUUCACGGCCGGGGAGCUGCUCUGCCUGGGCUCCAGCGUCGCCUUCUCGGGCCUCUUCUACUACCUGUACCGGCGGAAGGCGCGCGUGGCGGCGCGCAUCCAGGAGGCCCCCAAGCUCCAGGUGGACGACGAGCUGCCCGCGCUCGUGGCUGCGGCCGACGGCAGGUGCCUGCCCUACGUGGCCCUGGAAGGCAUAGUGCUGCCAGCCAAGGCCACGCUGUCCAGCCACUACCACGAGGACAUGCAGGGCGUCAUCCAGAAGCUGCUUCUCAAGGAGCACCGGCUCAUCUGGAACAGCCUGGCCCGCAGCUGGAGCGAGAGCGAGCGGGUGCUCUCGGAGCAGGUCUACACCGUGCCCUUCCUGCUGGCCUCGGCGGAGGCYGGCGCGGCCACGCGGGUGAGCGUGGAGAGCCCGCUGCGCGCGGCGCGCCUGCCGCUCGAGACCGUGCACGAGCGCUUCGAGCCGCCGGCGCACGGCUUCCGCGCCCUGCUGGGCCACUACCUGAGCGGCGAGAAGCCCAAGGGCAUCCUGGAGACGGAGGAGAUGCUGCGCGUGGGCGCCGGGCUGACGGCCAUCGGCGAGCUGGUGCUGCAGCCCGACGGCUCCCUGCACCUGCAGCCGCCGGCCCGCGGCGCCGACUAUUUCCUGUGCCUGGGGGACUGGCAGGCGCUGCUGGCCGAGCUGGAGGCGAGCAGCGGGCUCUGGAAGGCGGCGGCGGCGCUCUGCGCGCUGGCCGGCGUGGCCGUGCUGCUGCUGGCGCUCUGCCGGGCCUACCGGCACGCGCGCCUGCGGGGCGGCGAGGCCAAGGAGGCCGGCGGCGAGGAGCGCGGCGGCGAGGAGCUCGGCGACGGCGCGCUCGAGGACGCCUGCGUGGUCUGCCUGGCGCGGCCCCGCGACUGCGUCCUGCUGGGCUGCGGCCACAUCUGCUGCUGCUUCCGCUGCUUCCAGGCGCUGCCCGCCCGCCUCUGCCCCAUCUGCCGCGGCCCCAUCGAGCGCGUGGUGCCCCUGUACCAAGCGUGAGCGCCCGGAGCCAAGCGCCAGGCCUCACGAACCUCUGCUGGCCGCUCGCGUGCAGCUGUGCCCUUCCCUGGGGAAGCCCCCCUCACGUUUUUGGGUGGUCAGGGGUGUUCCYUACAAACCAGGGCAGGUUUAUACCCCCCACUGUCCUCCCCGUUCCAGGGGGAGCCCCCGAACAUCACUGCCUGGCGGGAAAGGUCGCUGCCUGGUGCCAUCCCUAUGGAGAAGCUCCCCGGUGCCCCCAGGGUGGUCCCUUGGGUGCGUAGCUGUUAGAGCCCUGUUUGCAGCACUGCCCCGAGGCAGGGACCCCUCCUCACGCAGGCGGGCGGGUGUUUGUCCUUGUUUUGCUUUCGCAGCGCGUGGCUUUGUGCCCAAACAAGUGGCGGGGCCGGGUACCCGCACUGGGCAGACACAUCUGGGGAAGGGGGCAGGACACGGACCUGGCUGCGGCCCCGGGGGUUUCUACCCUUAAUGGCUGUGGCGUUUGGGGGACGGAGCCCCCGUUUCAGGGAAGAGCUGAAUUCUGCCUGUGCCGCCCGCUGCUCUGUCCCCCGGGCAGGGUGCGCAGCCGCGGCGGCUCCAUCCCUCCGCCUGCAGCUCCCAUCGCUACGUGAGGCAGGAGCACGGAUACAGGGCAGCACAGAGACCCGCAGCCUCGCUGCGUCCCACAUGAGCCAGGCCUAGAGCUCAGCA